CUUUCUUCUUCUCACCAACCAACAAGUCGCAAAAAUGGAAAACGACAAGGGAGAACUCGUUGAUCUUUACGUUCCACGUAAGUGCAGCGCCACCAACCGUAUCAUCAAGGCCAAGGACCACGGAUCCGUCCAAAUCUCCAUCGCAAAGGUUGACGAGAACGGACGCGCUACCGGCGAGAACCAAGUUUACGCUCUUUGCGGUUUCAUCAGAGCUAUGGGAGAGUCCGAUGAUUCUUUGAACAGAUUGGCUCAACGUGAUGGUUUGUUGAAGAGCGUCUGGAGUGGUCAAUCCCAAAGAUAAAUUCGCACUAUUCGGUUCUUUCGAUUUGGGCAAUUUUUCUGGCUGGGAUACCUGGGAAGGAUGGGGAUUGAAGAAAUAGAGGACGUACAUCAAGUGAAGGAAGAAUGAGCUUUAUGGCCAUCAUAUGCUGAAAUAGUCACUUCACAUCUGUGAUUACGAAUCGACGAUACAUUCCACAUCCAACAAAUCUAUUUUCUUUUUUGGUGAUGGUGAUAAUGAUAGUGUGUGGACCGGAUAUUUCUUUUAACAUGUAGCACCUUUCACGUUC